ACUUGUCUCAUUUACAUCAUCAACCUGAGUCUAGCUGCGAUGUAUAAAACACAUGUGGCGGAUAAUUUUCAAAGAUUAUCGUACAACAUUUCCAACAAGAAGAAGAUUCUUUAAAAAGAAAUAUUGAGUUAAUUAAUGUUUCAGAGGUUGGAGUAUACUUAUAUUGUGUGUAAAGUGUAAAUUAAAGACAUGGCAUCAACAAGUCAUCAAGAGUCAAUCCGGACAUUUAUAAUGGUGAUGUACGUGUGUGGACUGGCGGCUGGCCAGUUAAUGAUGGAAGAGCUCCAGGAAUUCAACAUAGAUCCGCUCAACUUGAACGGAACGGAGCCGUAUACCGACCUAACAAUUGAUCAGAUCAUUGCCAGGGCUAGCGGCGGUCUAGGAAUGGCACAGAACCUAAUGAACUCUGAAGACGGAACAAUACUGGCGGAAUUGGACAUGAGGCUGACCAGUGAACAGUUCUUUAAUCUUUACGAGCAGCCUAGUAAUUACGAAGAAAACAUUCCCCGUCAGCGGCGGUCUAAGUCGGGCCGGAAGUUGGAGCGUCACCGGCGUAAGGCGAUAAGGGACGUCGUGCUCCGCUGGGAUGACGGCGUCAUCCCGUAUACAUUUGUGAACGGACACUUUAGUGAGAAGGAGAAGUACAUGAUUCGCACGGCGAUGACGGAGUGGGAGAAAUACACGUGUCUCCGCUUCCGCCCAUCCGGACGGGGAGACCGGAACCUCGUACGCUUCCAAAACGGGCUCGGGUGCAAUUCCCAGCUAGGAAUGGUCGGGGGCUCGCAACCACUGAACCUGGACAAAAACGGUUGUAGAUUUAAAGGCCUUUAUCUGCACGAGAUUGGCCACGCUAUUGGAUUGGUCCACGAGCACCAGCUACCGAACCGUGACGAGUACAUCGAAAUCCUCUAUCAGAACGUCGAGCCGAGCAUGCGCAUUUGGUUCAACAAGUAUUCCUCGCAGGAAGUAGACCAGAUGAAAGUUCCGUAUGAGUACUCUUCCGUCAUGCAUUAUGGGAUUACCGCAUUUGCAGCUGAUGGUAAAUCACAGACAAUCCGGUCCAAGCAGACGGACAAGGAGAAGAACAUUGGGCGCGUGUACCGCAAGGAGCUUUCUUUUACCGACGUGAAAAUUGUCAACCUUAUGUACCAGUGUGCAAAAAAGUGUGACAGCUCGAUCGUCUGUCGGAACGGUGGCUACAUCGACCAGAACUGCAAGUGUAUCUGUCCCGACGGCACGGACGCCUGUACCAAGGAUAAAGACGAACCGCAGGACCGUACAUGUUUUAACGCCCAUGGUGACGAUUGGCAGUGCGCUAUUUGGGCCAAUCAGGGCGAAUGUGACCGUAAUCCUCGUUACAUGACGGAGAGCUGUAAACGCGCGUGUAAACUGUGUGGCGACAAGUCCAAGGACGAUGGACCCCAUAUUGCUCUAUGGAGUUGGCAGUGGUUAUGUAGAUUUGUCAAUGUGUGUCCUAAAAACUGGACAGUAGCGACCUGCGAGGAUCAUUAUGAGACCAAACUGUGCCGCGUCUGGAAAGAUCACGGCGAGUGCAUCGUAAACAACAAGUGGAUGCACAAAUACUGCCGCCAGACGUGCAACGCCUGUGAAAACUCCGGACCGGAUCCUGAUGUGGCCUGCGACAACAAGCACACUGACGAGGCAGAGUGUCACAAAUGGGCUGCGGAGGGCGAAUGUCAGAUGAACCCGGCAUGGAUGCCAGAAAACUGCAAGAAAUCGUGUCAUAUGUGUGGGGAACAGACUCCGAUAUUCACAACAACUGAAACGCCAAAACCAGGUGACUGUGAAAACUUCCAUAACACUCCCGAAUGCGAGGGUUGGGCGGAAACGGGCGAGUGUUCAGCCAACCCCGACUGGAUGAUUCCAAACUGCCGACGCGCCUGUAACAAAUGCGACGAAGGAGGACAACAAGAGUGUAAGAACACGUGGGACGACGACCAGUGUUCUGCCUGGGCGCGUGACAAGGAGUGCAUCAAAAACAGCGUCUGGAUGAACACUAAUUGCCACCGCUCGUGCACAGGCUGCGGAGGCGGUUCCACGGAAGCGCCCCGUCCAACACAGUCCCCCGUUCGGACUACUACUACCUCUAGCGGCGACUGUGUCAACAACCACCGCAGUGAUGAAGAAUGCGUGACUUGGGCGCAAUACGGCCACUGCGACAUUAAUCCCUGGAUGAAAAUACACUGCGCAAAGUCGUGCAAAACCUGUACCGCGCCAGAAGUGAAAACAACCACGACAGCGAAGCCCGACAACGGAGGAGGUGGUGGUGGUGGUGGUGGUGGUGGAGACAACACCUCGGGGUGCGAGGACAAGGAGCAAUACUGUCCUAGCUGGGCGCAGCACGGCUUCUGUGAGGACAACCCCAACACGGCACUUAGGAUCUGCAAGAAGUCGUGCAAGGCCUGCAAUGCCGCGCGGACCUGCAAGGACGGCCACGCCCUCUGUCCAGUGUGGGCACGGGGAGGUCAAUGUACCAAGAACAGCGGCUACAUGCUGAGAUCGUGUCAGAAGUCGUGCGAAAUAUGCUGAAAACUGCCACCACUAGCUCAAACCACGCCUGAAAAUUAUGGACAAACCGGUCAUGACCAAAAUGGACAAGACAAAACGGGUCAUGUUGUGGAACAAAACGGACCAAAUUUAUCCUAAAUUUAAUAAGACAAGUUUGAAAAAAUAUUACUUUUACUGCGUAUUUGAAACACUUAUGAGUGUUUCUUACCACCUGAAAGGUCUAGGUCUUCCGAUUUCUCGUAGAAAUUCUGAACAAUUACAAAAUAUAUGAAAAAUACAUGAAACCUAACAGAACAAUGGUAUUUAAACUUUACUUUUCAUUUAAAGUAAUCCGUUUUAUCCAAAACCUGGUCUGUUUUGUUCACUAACCUUGUACAUUUUGGGGAUGCUCCGAUUUUUUGCGCUAACAUAUAACACUCAACGACUUGAAAUUGUCUUUUAAAGUGCUGUGAUGUAAUUCAUAGUAAUGUACAUGUUUGACUUUAUAUUAUGUGAAAUAAUGUGUGCACAAACUAUGCUGGACAUUGUGUGUAAUUGUUUUUCUUAUUAUUAUAUUUUUUAUUCUUCAUGAACAUGAUUGUACAGUGCUCCAGCUAGGAUUGGAAAAAAGGCAGGGUGCUAGGCCAGAAAGGGCACUUUUGAUGCGCAUUGAAUGAGCCUUAAUGGUGCACUUGCAAGGGUCAAUGUUCAAUUCAUAUGGUGUAGGUGCUGUAACUACUUUCAAAGCUAAAAGUUUGUUAUGAAUACCUUAGCUGCAAUUUUUACUCCAGUGUCAAAAUUAUGUGUAUUUAUUAUUUUUACUUCUUUCUGACCCUGAAAUUGACCCUGUCAAACAAAAGGGCACAGCAGGGUGAAGUAAGGUGCCCCACCCUGCUUUUUAGUCCUAGCUUGAGCACUGAUUGUACAGGUAAACUAUUUUUAACUGGAUUUAUAACAGGAAAGUGUAUAAUGUCCUCAACUUUUUUAAUCAGGAUCAUUUGUAUAAUUAUUUUAUGACUUAUGUUUUUAUGUAUAUGAAAACUCAUGUAAGUAUACUUGUAUUACAUAUUAUCUUAUGACAAUGAAGCAUAACGAAAUAGUUGUUUACUAUGGAUUUAUAAAAUAUGGUUUGUUACUGCCAUG